CGUGAGGGGGAUGGGGGCGGAGGCAUCGAGACAUGUUACUAUGGAUGAAUUGGAGGAUGAGGAGAGGAUGAAGAGGGAGGAUGCGGAGGAGAGGAGAGGAGGUGGGAGAGGGAGUAGUGGUGAGGAGAGUGGAGAGGAUGGGGAUGGAAUGGAUGAGGAGAUGGAGAAGGUGUUGCAGGUUGAAGAGAGGCAGUUGAUCGCAGAGGCUGGAGAUGACGUUGAAGAAGAUGAUGAUGAUGACUACGAAGACGACUCGUCAGACGAUGAGGACGACGAGGACCUACCCUCCGGCAGCUUCCAAGCUCGCCUCGAACGUCUUCGCGCACGCUCUCGUGGGCGUCCCAUCCUCGACAUGCUCGAAGAAGAGCUCGACGCUGAAUACGACGACUUUGACCCCUCGUUCAAGUGGGAGACAGGUGGUGAUGCGGAUGAGGACGAUCUCGUGGCGCAGGUGCAGGAGUUCUUGGAUGAGAACGAGGAUAUAUUGAAGGCAAGGGAUAAGAAGCAGCGGAAUAAGAUCUUCAGGGCGGUUCAGAAUGGGGAUUUCGAUAUGGGCGAUGCGGAGAUGUGGGGUCUCAAACCAGCCAAGCGCAAUAAAGACAAAGACGUCCCUCCAGAGCUCCAAGCUCAAUGGGCUAAAGACCGCGCCAAAAAAGCCGAAGCCAAACUCGCCCGCGACCAAGCCCGCCUCGAAGCCGCCGCCGACCCCUUGGCCAAAAAGAAAGGCGGGAAGAAAGGCCGAAAAGCCAUGCUCCUCGCCGCCUCGCUCGACCCUACCAUCACCACGCUCCCGAACCGGGUCACCGACCUCGCGUCCGUCGAGGCGCAGAUCCGUCGAUUCUUGGCGGAUAUUGGGGGGAGUGGGUCGAUGGUGCUACCCCCUAUGGCGAAGGACUCGAGGAAGGCGGUCCAUGAGCUCGCUGCGGCGUUUAAUUUGAAGAGUGAGAGCAAAGGGAAGGGAGAUGGGCGGUAUACGACGCUGAAGAAAACGACGCGGAGUGGAUUCAAGGCGAAUGAGAAGAAGGUCCGCGGUAUCAUGAGGAGCAAUGGCGUAUAUGUGAACGUGACGAGGGGAGGUGGCGGCGGAGGAGGAGGAGGCAAGGGGGGUACCAUGAAGCCGAAGGAGGGAGAGGAGGUGGGCAAAGCAGCACCGAGGAUUGAUCGGGGGAAUAUUGGGUUCAGGAUGUUGGCGGCGAUGGGGUGGGCGGAGGGGGACAGGGUGGGUGCAUCGGGAGGCUUGGAUGUGCCGUUGACGGCGAUUGUGAAGACGACGAAGUUGGGGUUGGGGGCGGAGUUUGAUGAUCGGAGAGGCAAGAAAUAAAUAAAAUGGAAGUCAACC